UAAUCGAUUAUCCCUCACCCGUUUCUAUUCUUCCUGAUUACGUUCCAUCAGUUUAUAAGCCCUGUCUGUUUUGCCUUUCUUUGUCGGAACUUAGUUAUCCAUGUGUUUGUUCUUCAUUGUUAUAAUUAAAAUUGACCUUCUUUUGGAAAUUCUGUGUGGUACCCUCUCUCUGUGGACACGCGUCUCACACACGCUUUCAGACCAUGAGUGAUGAGUCUCCGUUACAGACGCGCCUCACCACUGACGUGCCGCUGGCGUCUGGCUCUCAGGAGAACUACGUUCUUCUGCUGGUGCUCCUGUGUGUGUUCGCCGGCGGGACGCUGGUUCUUCUGUCCGUCCUGCUGAUCUUCUGCCACCGCUGCUGUCGAGGAGAGCGACGCUUCUCCAGAGCCAGUGAUGACCUGGAGAAAACCAACACCACAUACAUAGAGGAGAGUCAGCCGACGCAAGACGCCAGCAUCAGACCGGAGAGCGGAGAAUCACUGUCCUCCAGCGGUCAUGGAGACACAGACGCGCAUCACUUCCUGUCUGCGGCGCUCACCGGAAGACGGGUGUCUUUUAAUGAGGCCGCCAUCUACGAGCAGAACGCCAACGACCAGGAGACAGGUCGAAGGUACACGCUGACGGAGGGAGACUUCCAUCACCUGAAGAAAGCUCGUCUCACACACCUGCACAUGAAGAUCCUCACCAUCCUGGAGUGUGAUUCCCCGCUCCUCCAACACACAUCCCUCUCCAUAUUCCAGCCCGUCGAGGGUCCCGUGCUGGAUGCUGCAGGAUCGUGGAGCGCUCUCAGUCCCAGCUGUGCUCUUCCUGGAAACACACACAGCUCCAGCAUCAAACCGUCUCGAUCACACACGAUCGAGGUGAUGAACAGAAGCCUGCUGAUGGACAGAGAUUCCACUUCCUGUCCAGCACAGGGCACCAUGUUCCACUUCCUGUCCAAACUCAGACGCCAUGCAAGCCUGGAGGGAGCGGGUCCGUUCUUCAGCGUCAAGAAAUGGAGACGGGACACCAUCCAGAGAGCGGCGAGUCUGGACACCAGAGGUUCUCCUCGGAGACGUGGAUUUCAGAGGCAGCGGGCGGCCAGCGAGACUCUAGAUCAUGUCGAAGAAACCUUGCAGGGUGGAGUCAGCGACUUCUUGUUGCAAAAACCCACCACCCAGCCUCAGAAGGAGCAGCCAAGACGCCUCUCUGCCGGUUCUCUGGACACCACCUCCGGAGCUCCUCCUGCCCUCAGCAGGUUAGAGGUAGAAGCAGUAAUGGAGCUCAGAGUCAACUCAGAUGCAGUGAAAGACAUGACUCCAACAUUCCCCUCAACCCAUGGACCUCCGGAAGUGGAGGAUGGUGAAGAGGAUGGACAGGAGAUGAUGGCAGAAGCAUCAGGAGGCGGUGCUGAAGAGUUUGGACCAGUGAGGCAUCAGGAGAGACUAGAGCAGCACAGCCUGUACCGAGACAUCUGGAGCCUGAGAGCAUCACUGGAGCAGUACGCCUCCUCCGACCUGAGCAGCAACGACAGGGACUCCACUCGCAGCGAUGCUGACAGCGCUUGCUCAGCGGGAGCAUCGAGAGCGGGCGUCCCUGGCUAUCAGUCACAAGACAUCGAUGAUGAUAUAGACGGGGACGGAGAGCUUCCAUAUGAUGACGUGGUCAGGGAAGCCGAGCAAAGGAGAAUUGGACACGACAGCGUAGACUCUGAGAGAGGAAGCGACGGAGAGGCAAACAACCGGAAGCUUCUGCAGAUGGACAGCGGAUACGCCUCAAUCGAGGCUCCUUGCAAGGCUCCAGAGGAGUUCAGAUUGUUUGGAAGUAGCUCCGGAAAGACCGCAACAGAGCGUCGUCGCUUUUUCACCAAUUUUGGGCGUAAGGGCACGGUCUGUGAGAGUUUUGAGGCACAGGUUUUUAAGGAAGAGCUGGAAGACGAGGUAUCGGAGAGCAGCCUAAGUUUGGAGACAGAGACUCCCGUUACGGGAGAACCUCAACCUGCGACCAAACACAGGCCGUGUUUCCGCCGCAGAGACUACAGCAUUGAUGAGAAGACAGAGGCACUGUUUAAUGAAUUCCUACGCCAUGAUCCCCAGUUUGACCAACAGGGCUCACCCUCCUUGCGUCACCGACAUCGCUCCAGAAUCCAUCUCAGGAAGCAGUGGCAGCGCAGCAAACAGUACAGCGACCCCGGUGCCACUCGAUUAUCACCAUCUCUAGAGCGUCAGCGCUGCUAUCCACUCCGCCGAGGCGACAGCGCCAACUUCCCCUUAGACACACGCUACCACAGCACCUUGCCUCGCAUCGCUAGCGCCGCGGACGAGGAGGUCAGCGAGGGAGCAGCGAGUAUGGAAUCGCCCGAGCCGGAAAAAUCCAAUCCAGAGCUGGAGGAUGCUGAUCCGCUCUCAGAAACAAGAAGUUCUGGUCCAGACCGGGAGGAAAACGCAAACAACAGCAGCAACAACACAAGCCCACAUCUCUUUUCAUUGCAAACGCAGGACACCAGUGCCAGGGACUGUGGGAUACCGGAGGACUUGGGAACAAAUGCUGAUCCCGCAGAUUCACAUAAACAUUCACAGAUGGACCGUGGUGGACCAGUGGCUACAUUUAGUUCUCAUUUGCAUUUACAUACAAACACACUCAGCUCGAAUCCCACUGAUCCAGAUCAGGACUCGGACUACAUCCAUUACAUACACACUGAGAUCAGUCCGUCAGACAAACUGGCGUCCACACUGGACGAUCGGCUCUACUCCGACCUGAGGACUCAAAGAGGGAGUCAAGAGUGUGUCGUGACUGUAAACCGCACCUCACCAGAUCUAGAAGAAUAAUGGCCAGUUUUACCAAGCAGAGCAAAUUAGUGAGAGAGCGCAGUUCCAAAAGAGUCCUGAUGGGUGUGGCAACUUCUGCGGGUGAUUUACUAACAAGGUGCAAAUUAAAUAACACCGACGCAACAUCUCAGUUACAUAUCUACCAAGACAAUACACCAAGUGCAGCACAAAUUAGAGCAGUUGCGAAUAAAGAAUAAAGAAAUAAAGAAGCCAUAGUAGGCUACAUUUAAAAGAACCGGAGGCAAAAAAAUGUUAGAAGUCGCAAGAGGUUUUGAUAGGGAUGGUAUUGCGUGACUCCUAGCUGAGGGUUCCAAUUCGUCUUUUAUUUCCUGAAGCAAAUUAAAAACAACAUGACUUGGAAAAUAAUGUUAUUAAUGAUCUUCUGCAUUCCAAAUUACGUCUGGGAAAAAAACAAUUCUCUGCCUUCUACCAUGCACUCUCUCAUCUCUGCGGUGCCUCCUCCUAGCAACAAACUUCAGCCAUUUCAAGCGCAAAAUAGUUUAAGACCUGUUUUUUGGGGGUGUUAAAUAAUGGCACAAAUGCUAGUAAUUUGAUGAGCACAAAUGUUAGUAAAACUAUACAUUUUGCGUCUUAAAGGAAAACUAGAAAUGCAUACAAUAACGUCAGGCGCAAAAGUAAUUUCAGCGGUUAUUAUUCUCUGCACAAUUCUAUUGUUACAGCGCUGCCAUAACAUAAAAGAGGGAUGACACAUAGGCUCAGUGAGUUAGGGGAAUUAUUAAGAUUACAUAUUAUAAACAAAGUAUGGGAGAAAUAUAGUCAGGGAAAACAAAACGUAAACACAACAAAGAGCGCAGCUCCGUGUCAGGACGCCGCUCCAGUUCUGGUUCUGGAAGGUGAAAACUCGGCUUCUUUUAAGCACACUAUAUCGCUCCCUAGCUGUAAGGAAUCUGCACAAUUAAACAAAGGCAAAAAGGUAAUCACCCUAGAGGGCAGGCAAAUAACUAAAUAAAUCAACACAUACAUACCCAUGUAACAACUAUUUUAACGCCAAAACAGAAAUGGUACAGCGCCACCUGUUGGAAAACUGACUUUUUUUUAAUUCAGAUCUGUUUUUUGGAUGUCAGUAACUCAUUUUCCACAAACAGGGUGCUGGGAAACUAAUGUCUUCAUCAUGUAAAGAACAAGAACUCGAUAGCAACAGUGACACAGAUCUAGAUCUCGGCCAUUAUAAUGAACAAACACCCCCCCCCCCCCCUUCGGCACUAGACACUUUCUUUGUGGAAUCCAGAAUGAAGAAAGCAUUACUAUGAAUUUAAAAGACUUUGAAUGUUUGUGGGUCAUUCAGUUCUGAGUGAGAACAGCAGAAGAACAGCAAAAACUCCAAAACUCUACUUCGGUAGAAUAAGAAACCUGAUGAAUACAAGCAAGCAUGACGUCUAAGUGAACAUUAGCAAUAAAUACACACAAGUAAAGAGUGAGGUGUGUUGUAACUAACUCAAUAAAAUACAGAGUCAAGUUUAAACCCUGGUGUGCUGACCAUCAGGAAACAGUCAUCAUUUCACUAAAUCUGUUUGGUGAAAGACAUUACACACUUCAGAGUAAAUGUAAGAGUUUAAACAGUGUGAACAUAUCCAUCCUACGCUAGAAAACCUAUUAACUUCAUUUCACCAAGGGACUAAACAUAGAAACAUCUGCAUUCAAACUAACUUCCACUGAAACAAUCUGCAGACGUUUGGUGCUUCAAUCACAUUCCAGCCAAGACUCAAUUACAAUCAGCACUGAACAUUUCUAAUUAAACCCCUCUAGAACACUUCAGUGACAGUGAAGCUUGAGAUUUAACAUUGAUGAGGGUUUUAAAAGCUCUAUUUUAUGAGUCCUGAACAUCAUGAAUCAGUGUAAUUAAAACAUCAAUGUAAAGAUGAUCAGCGAUCAAUAUCUCAGUUUCAUACCUUUAUUCAGAUCAUGUUUAGCAUCAGGAAUGCAGGGUAGUGUUGGUGAUUGUAUAUGUACAUCUAGAUCAAUCUGAAGUAUCAUUUUUAAAGUAUAAUUCCUUUGCAAUAGAGGUAAUUUUGUUGGUUUAAUGCAAAAAAAAAUCAUGUUCAUUGAAAAAAAAGAAAACAAUCAAGUUGACUGAUUUAAAUUGUCAGCUAUUAUCAAGGCGAAUGAGACAUAUACAUGUAUGUUAAAAUAAAUGAUUGCUUUUACACAAUCAUGACUGAAAUCUGGAAUUGUUUGGAAACAAAACUGAUGUGUUGAAGUCUCAGGGUGAAGCAUUACUUUAACCUCCAAAAACAAACUGAUAGAAGCCUGUUGCAUAGUUUAAAAAUAAAAGAGUUAUAUACAGUCUAGGUACUGAACUGGGCUUGUUACCGUGGAAACAGACGUGUGAGGGGUCAAAGGUCACACGCCAGAGACAAAGCUGCUGAUUCUGGACAAUCUGGCCUUUUCCUCUCGCUGUAUUUCUAGAUUUCUCUGAAUGAUUGGUUUGAAACAGCAGCAGAAGAGGAACGCAGUGAGUUUCCUGCAGCUCCAAAAAUACUGAAGAGCUUCCAAUCGUCCAUCAACAAACCCAUGACCUCACUUCCUGUUGAGUCAGUCUCUCAGGAAGUGUUUGAUUUCACCAAUAA